AUGGAGCCGGGAACGCGCGGUAAUCGGAUACAAACUUACAAGCACAAAGGCAAGGAUAAACAGGAACUGAGAAGAAGAAGGGUCGAUGUGAAAAUAGAAUUACGCAAGAAUAAGAGAUCUGAAGAAAUUGCAAAGCGUCGAAAUGUACCCGUAGAUGAUGAAAUCGAUGAGGAGGAUGAUAGAGCGCUUGAGGUAACUUUGAUUAAUUUAAUCUCUCGUGCAAAGAAUUCAGAUCCAAAUGUUCAGUUAGAAGCAGUUCAAGCGAUUAGAAAAUUAUUAUCAAAGGAUAAAUCACCUCCAAUUGAUCAUAUCGUUAAUACCGGCGUGGUUACCACUUUGGUCAACUGCUUAGAGAGAAAUGAUUCGCCUUCUUUACAAUUUGAAGCCGCAUGGGCUUUAACUAAUAUUGCGUCUGGAACCUCAGAGCAAACCCGAGCUGUAGUCCAGUUCGGUGCUGUUCCUCAUUUUAUUGCCUUAUUGAGUUCAUCUUACACCGAUGUCUGCGAACAGGCUGUAUGGGCGUUAGGAAAUAUUAUAGGUGAUGGAUCGGAACUACGAGAUUAUGUUCUUAGUCAAGGACUGCUAACACCGCUGUUAAAAUUCGUUUCACCCAACGUCUCGCUGUCAUUUUUACGUAAUGUGACGUGGGUUUUAGUCAAUCUAUGCCGGAGUAAAGAUCCUCCCCCUUCAUUAGAAAUUGUUCUACAAAUUCUUGGUGCCCUUGUUGCUUUAAUCCACCAUAACGAUUUAGAUAUUUUAAUCGAUUGUGUUUGGGCGCUGUCGUAUUUAACGGAUGGCAGUAAACAGCAAGUUCAGGCUGUAAUAAAUACCUCGAUCGUGCCAACACUUAUAGGAUUUAUGGGUGCAAAAGAAAUUAAAUUACAAACCGCUGCUUUACGUGCAGUCGGGAAUAUAGUAACUGGUACUGAUUAUCAUACACAGAUUGUUCUGGACAAUGGAGCCCUAAAUCAUUUCCAAAAUUUAUUAACUCAUAGUAAGGAGAAAGUUAAAAAGGAAGCAAUGUGGUUCUUAUCUAAUGUUACUGCUGGCAUACCUAAGCAAAUACACAUGGUUAUCGAGGCUGGUUUAGUCCCUUUAAUUAUUAACUGCUUAGCAAAUGCUGACUUUCAAACUCGUAAAGAGGCAGCUUGGGCGGUUAGUAACCUCGCUGUCAAUGGUGAAGCUGAACACAUAAGCCUUAUGGUAGCCGAUGGUGUUAUUACUCCUAUGUGCGAAAUGUUGACAAUUAAAGAUAUUCAAAUUGUUCAUGUAUUGCUAGAUGGUAUUUUAAAUAUUUUAAAGGCUUUACCCAAUGACAUAGGAAACAUUACAAUUAUUAUCGAAGAAUGUGGAGGAUUGACAAAAAUUGAAGAACUACAAAAUAGCGAAAAUACUGAAAUUUCGAAGCUGUCUUCGGAAAUAAUUGAUAAAUACCUCGCGACUGUAAAUAAUUAUCCAUCUUUAGAAUUAACAAUUUUUGGUAGUUAA